CUUCCUUCUACCUCAGCUCGUCGACAUACGGUGUUGUACAUAUACUCGGUACGUGGCAGGCUAGGUGGUGGGUGCGCCUUCCCUUGAGAGCAUUGAAUCGCACGUUAUGGUCAACUUCGGCAAAUCCAAGGCCUGUACGACUUGCAAGCGACGUAGAAUCAAAUGCGACGAGCUCAAGCCUCGCUGUGCGCGAUGUACUCUAGCAUCCAUUCCAUGCGAAUGGCUGGAGCCAAAGCGAACGCUCAGUCUCCAAUUUGUGGACGUGACACAAACUGCGGUCAGUCAUACAUCGGGCACCCAAGUAUCACGCAAUCGUUUAGCACUUGCAACGCCAUCCAAAGCUUUGGCUGAUGAUCGAGAAGCUCAGGCGCUUGCCUUUUUCUCGCGUCAUUACAUGAUUGAUCAGGACACGAUCGGAGCUCCAAAUCCAGGACUAUUCGGACUCUUCGAGCCUGCAGUAUCUACAACGUUUGGGAACUCGUCUGCUACGAGAGCGGUCUCUGCGCUUGCCUUAUCGAUCUAUUCACGUUGGCGUACGGACGAUGGAACAACAGACAAACGGGUCGCUAGGAACUUGAGCCUGUCUAUUGGAACAUUGGCUGGAGAUCUGCAAAAGGAAGAGUCGCGACGGAGCGAUAUCACCUUGUUGACGACUCUCACUCUGCAAUUCCACUCCAGCUUCGAGUCGUUGUUCUCGGCCAACAAAGCUACAAUCGUGCAUCAUCUUGGUGCACUCGCUUUGGUGAGAGAAUUUGGCCGCAGAGAAUCUUGGUCAAAUCUCGCAGUCCAAUUCGUAGCUUAUAUCCUGCAUGUGGAUGUUGCUGCUGCCAUUCGCGAGCAUCGCAGGGUUCACCCGGAGCUCUGCCGCUGGAGCACGAUUAUCACUGCUUCCUCGCUGGACCCAGACAGUCACCUCGACGCGCUUGGUAUCCAAGUAGCCGACAUUCAGUUCCGGAUCUCCAGUUUGAGUGAAGGCUUGUCGUCGAUGGCAACUGACGCACUCUUGAAUGAGGUGCAGAAAUUUGACGACUGUCUUAUCCUCUGGCAUGAUCGAGUUUGUCAAUCCUGGGGUCCCUUUCAAUGGUUCAAAGAGCAAGCGACUGUUCCUCCGAUUCAGACUUUCGAUAAGGUUUGUCAUGUAUACACGUCCAUCCGAGCCGCCAGGCUUCUCAACAUCUGGCGAAGCUAUAGAUUGACGUUGUCAUAUCUGUCUCUCCAGAUCAUCAACGGGCAGCAACAUUCUAGGACUCGCGACGUUGAUGAGUCCACGAGGACAGAAGUCACCUCCUUCCUACUUGUCAAACGCAUCCAACAGCUCGUGGACGGCGUCUGCGCUUCCGUACCCUUUUUUCUUGGGAAUCGCACGAAGAUCGGCACGGUCCACGACUUUGAUGACCCAGCCUGGAAGUUUCCUACCUGUCACGAUCUCUUCGAGGUGUACGACAUGCACGAUCAACCUGCCAAGCUCAAAGGGCUCGAGUCACCCUCGACACACAUGAGCCAUGCUAUCGCCAUGGGAGUGUGGCUGGUUAUGGGAAAUCUUACACAGUUGGCUGCAUUCUUCCUUAUGGAUGAGAAUCUGGCUUUGUUAUUACCGCUGAGGAGUGGGCAGUUGAUGUGGAUAUGCCAGCAGUACCUGAGAAACUUGUCACUUUUGUCGGUGAAGUGGACGUCAGACAGCUCGCUGGAGGCUCGGGUGCUUACCGGCGUGCGUCUCCCACCUGAAGAGGAUUUAAUAGCGGCAGCGAGGCGGUGUGUCCAACGUGUUUUGCAAGGGCUCCAGAUGACUGGAGAUUCAUGAGAGCAUUACUUGGACAAGUUCCCACACUUCGCUUUUCGCAUCGAUACGAUUCGACUGCGGCAGGGCAAAUCUUGUCGGGUUUGGUUUUCAGUAUGCAUGAAAAGUUCUGUUCUUUCUUCGCCACAAAAAACAUGCACGCUUAGCCAAUCAGUAGCAAUGUUGUUUGAUGUGCAAGUCUUAGAUCGACUAUGAGAUCAGCUAGCAUUCACCAAUGAUACCAUUGUCAUCACGUUCUCGAGUAAGGUGAGUCACGACACCGGCAAUUCCAGUCGCAUCAUCUACUUGAAACACGAG